AUAUUUUGCAGGCUGAAAUUGUCGGACAUGCAAAACGAAACCACUAACGGGUGUAAGACGGUUGAGCGGAAGUUGAACCAGUUCGGAGAUUUCGAGGAUGUGACGAACAUGUCAGUGAACGACUGGGACUAUCGCUGGUCCCUCGGCCAAACGAAGUUCCACAUGCCCAAAGUGCAUCCAAUGCUGCAAAAACACAUGGACAGGCUAACACAAGGCAAUAACAAAGCGUCCGUUUUUGUGCCUCUCUGUGGAAAGACACUGGACAUGAAAUGGUUGUUGGACGAGGGAUAUGAGGUCAUUGGUAACGGAUUUGCAGACAGUGCCUGCAGGCGGUUCUUCGAAGAACACAACAUUCCUUAUACCAGCACCCCUCUAACAGGGACAGAGGGCGUCUUGUAUGAGGCCAAGGACGGUACACCAAUAAAACUAUACCGAUGUGACUGCUUUCAUCUUUCUAGCAAUCUUUGUGGCCGAUUCGACUGCAUUUGGGACAGAGCUGGGUUUGUUGCACUUCCGGUUAAAGACAGAAUCAGGUACGCCCGGGUAAUGGUGGAGUUGUUGAAGAAGGACGGUCGAUACCUGCUAGAUUGCUUCCUUGUGGACAACAGCGUAUUCGGGGGCCCUCCGUUCAACUGUGAUCAAAACGAUGUCGAAAUUGCAUUUGGGAAACUUUGCAAAGUGGAAAAGUUGGAUACCAAUGAUGCUUUUACAAAGUGGCAAGAGGCAUGGGGAAAGGAAUCAUUCAUUGAAUGGGGAAUUGACUCAUUCAUCGAAGACGUGUACCUGCUCGAAAAGAAAUAGCUACGAGAAAAUGUACUUUAUGAUUUAAUGUCUAACUAUACUAAUCAGGCAAUGUAAAUUGAACACAGUGACUAAAUAAACGAGCAUAACAGUUUUUGAUUGGUUUAUAUAAAAAGUGAAACGGCACUAAAAAGGUUAGGUUGCUAUGUAUUCAUUUACACUGAAUGCCAGAAGUAACAUAUUGAAUAAAUGAUAUGUGUAAGUUUUUUA